AUGGCUGUCACUGCGCCUGUCGCAAUUGCGAUCGCCGUCGGUCUAUUGACAGUGUUCUAUAUCACCUUGAAAAAGAACGGCGAGGAUGGUGAAGGGAGUGCAACGCCCCUGAAAUUGCCCCUGAUUGGCGACCUUCAUACCUCACCCAUCGAAAAGCCCCUCCAGAACUGGGAUACCUGGGCAAAAGCAAAUGGUCCAAUUGCAGUGCCCAAGUUGUUUGGGCUCAUCCCGAUCGUCGUGUUAAAUUCCGCCGAAGCGGUAACGGAAUUGUUCAGUCGUCGCAGUCAGUGGUAUAGUAACCGACCGGCCUCUGUAAGCAUGGAGAUGAUCACGAACGCCAAGCCCGGACAAUCGAAAUUCACCUUGAUGCACGACUAUGAUGACCAUCUGAAAUUGCAUCACCGCAUUCUGACUCCCAGUCUUGGGGGCCCUGCUGCUCCUCACUAUCAACCCCUGAUGGAACUCGAAUCAAAGCAAUUGUUAUUCGACCUAUGCAGACUUGUGAAGAAGUCGCCCAAAGCGAUCAGUACUGAUACGGUCUAUCCACAGCUAGAGCGCACUCAGUCUAGUGUCAUUCUAGCCCUGCAUUAUGGCCUUCGUAUCCCACGCUUCGAGGAGAAGAUUCUACAUGAGGUCAUUGACAUCCAAACUCAGGUCACACACCUCGCGGCCAAUCCAGGUCUACCGGAUAUCAUCCCGCCGCUCCGCCACUUGCCUGGAAUGAUCUCACCCUGGAAACGCUCGUACGAUCAGCUUUAUGCCACUCAAGAAGAUUUGUAUAUGCGCCUGUUUAAUCACGGCAAAGAAUCAGCAAGCUGGAAUGCAACAAAACAGGCCAUUACCAACAGUGAGAAGUUGGUCCCAGGUGGUAUCCCAGAUCUCGAUCUUGCAUUUACCCUUGCAACAUCGAUUCAGGGCGGUAUGGAAACUUCGCCGCGCCAGCUCCUUUGGUUGUUUAUCGCAGCUUUGCACAGACCGAAUUUCAUGGUUAAGGCGCACGCUGUUCUCGAUGAAGUCGUUGGUCGGGAGAGACUGCCUCGAUUCUCUGAUAGAUCCAGGCUACUUUUCAUCGAGGCUAUUGUGCAUGAGCUCUUCCGCUGGAGACCCAUUUCACCGGGCUCGAUUCCCCGCCGCGCGGACAGGGAUGACGAGUUGAACGGGGUGAAGAUCAAGAAGGGCUGGACUGUUAUGGCGAACGCAUGGUCGAUCGGUCGCGACGAAAACGUUUUUGACCCAACCCUGGGCGAUCCGCAGGAUUUCGUCCCAGAGAGAUGGUUGCGACAGGAUGAGGGUGGGACCGAGAAGUUGCGAAGCGAGCUUCCUCUCCCGGUAUUUGGUCAGGGUCGGCGAAUCUGUCAAGGGAAGAGGGUUGCAAUCGAUGGAACCUUCAUGCAAAUCGCUUGCUUGCUUUGGGCUUUCGAUGUGGAACUGGUUGAUGGUGAGGUGGUGGAUCCCGAGGCGAUGGUUGUUGUGGGAUUCAUGACGAUGCCGCGGGAGGUGAAGUUCAAGCUUAGACCGAGGGGCGACUGGGCUGUUCGAGUUAUUCAAAAAGAAUGGGAGGAGACGGCAGAGAAAAGUUUGGGAGAGGUCAUGGGUGUAACUCAAGAUGUUGAGGUGUAA